UCUAGCUCUUCUAGAGAAACUCAAAUCUAUCGUUGUUACUCUUCUCUACAACACAACGCUAACGCUGAAAGCUAAAAAACUGAAACGCUCUGUGUCUGUCUACUGUACUGGCUCUGCUCUGGCUCUCAAGUUUAAAUAAGAAAGAAGAAGAAAAGAACCUACCAGCACUUUUCGUUUUCUUUAACAAACCAGAAAGAAACCAACCAAACCGAAACCACACAAAAAUACAAAUUACAAUUAAAUUGCAAUUUUUCGCAUUCUUUUCUUACGCAAAACGAGAGAAAAAUAACUAAUUUUCCAAUUAUUAAAAGUAAAAGUAUAAAUAAAUUUAUUAAAAAUUAAUAAAACCUUAAACUUAAAUUAUAAAAUCUGUGAUCAUUUGUUUAGAAAUAAUAAAAAUUAAAAACAGUAGAAGAAAAAUGCAAAUUUAAUUAGAGAAAGACGGGAGAGUAUUUUAUACAACACACACAACACAAUUCAUCAUCAUUCAUCGAGAGCCUUGCCGCAACAUUUAAGUGAUAAUUAUCCAGAAACAGAAAAAACAAACGUUUAUUUUUAAAAGCCGACAAAUUCUUUUUAUAAUUCGCCGUCGAACUUAAAAAAAGGAUUUGUUUCAUCGUAAUAAGCAACUGAACUGUUAAUUAAAAACGCGUCUAGUAUUAGGAAAUCUCCCAAGAGCCACUUGCAAAAUAAAAAAAAAUCGAAAAGCAAACAUUUUGCAAGAUCGAUAUUUUAUAAAUCUACGAUUUGUAUUACUCUAGAAAAACGAAGGCACGCUCCCGCUCUAUCGUGGAAGAAAUGGUAAUGGAGGAACAACAACCGUCACCACAAUCAGUAGGACGAGAAUUCGUCCGACAAUACUACACUUUGUUGAACAAGGCACCAAGUCAUCUACAUCGCUUUUACAACAACAACUCGAGCUUCAUUCACGGUGAAUCAACCUUGGUCGUUGGACAAAAGAACAUCCACAAUCGUAUCCAGCAGCUGAACUUCCGUGAUUGCCAUGCAAAAAUAAGUCAAGUCGAUGCUCAGGCAACUUUGGGAAACGGUGUAGUGGUUCAAGUGACUGGAGAGCUGUCCAACGAUGGCCAGCCCAUGAGACGCUUUACCCAGACAUUUGUUUUGGCUGCACAAUCACCUAAAAAGUACUAUGUGCACAAUGACAUCUUCCGCUACCAGGACAUGUACUCGGAUGAGGAGAAUGAUGGUGAAAGUCGAUCCGAAAACGACGAAGAACACGAGAUCGAUCAACAGCAGCAGCAGCAACAGCAGCAACAACAACAACCGCAGGUGGUACCAACCAAUAAUCUGAGCGGUGUUACUGAGACCAAUGUUAUUCAGCAGGUGCAGCCUCAACCGCAGCAACAACCAGCUCAGCAACAGCAAAUUGUAGUGCCUCAGCCCCAAGCUCAACAGCAGGCAAUCUACUACUCGAUGCCGCAGACCGUUGUUGCAGGUGCCCCACGUGCUGUGCCAGUGAUCGCAGCUCAAGCUGUUCCAAUUGCUCAAUUCCCUGCUCCAGCUGCUGCUCAGCAAACUCAGCUCAAUGGAGGAAUUGUGCACGAGGAUUUGUUGGCAACUACCAUGCAGCAACAGACUGUUCCACAACAGCAACCGGUGCCACUUCCAAUGCAGCAGAUGGCUCCUCCAGUACCAGCGAAUGUAGCUCCUGCUGUUGUGUCAGUUGUUUCACCCCAAGUGUUGCCUCAACAACCGACCCAAGUUGCAGUUGUGGCUGCUGGUGCCAUCCCUCAGGUGGUGGCCCAAAUUCCAAACAUGCCAUCCGCAGCAGAGCACUCUCCUCCUUUGCCUGUCAUGAGUCAGGCAAUGCCAGUUGUAUCACAAGUUUCAAGUGGACCUGUACCCAAUAUUCAACCAGUUGACUCAAACAUCAAUACAAGUGGUGGCAGCGUUAGCCAGAAAGACGAUGACAUGGGCAACUACAGUGACCAUGCUAGCAGUCAAGAGUACAUUGAUGAACCACAACAAAUGGUCCCGGAAAAAUAUGAAGCACCCAAAACCAAUGAGCCCAAAACUUAUGCUAAUCUCUUCAAGUCUACCGCAAAUAUCAAUCCAUCCUCACCUAAUAGUGGAUAUGUACCGCUUCCUCCAGUUAACCAAAAUCAUAUGAAUAUGAAUCAACAGUCGCAACAACAACAAUCUUCCCUGUCCUCGUCAUCGUCGUCAGCAUACAAAACAAGUGAAUCACGAAUGAUUGAUAAUAAUAUCCAAACCGGUGUUACUGGAGCAGCUCCAUUACCACAAAGAACUAACUCAACGAGGAUUAAUAAAGAUUUUGAACAAAGACGCCCAGGUGGUAACACGAAUACACAACAAUUUAGCGACAGCAACCAACUUUUCUUAGGCAAUGUACCCCAUCAUGCUACAGAAGAUGAAUUAAAGGAAUUAUUCAAUCGUUUUGGCACUGUUAUGGAUUUGAGAAUUCAUUCGAAACCUGGCCCAAAAGUACCAGGAAUUCGUAAUCCACAAAAUUAUGGUUUCAUUACAUACCAAGACUCCCAAUCUGUUGAGAAUUGCUUAUCUCAUUGCCCGCUGUACUAUCCACAAAAUUCACCUGACGGUCAGAAGCUCAAUGUCGAGGAAAAGAAACCUCGCUUGAGAAAUCCCAAUGACUUGCCCCCACGCCAAUCAAACAACAUGUCUGGUAACAAUGGCGGCAACGGCAACAACAUGGGCAAUUCACAGCGACCCAACAUGGGCCCCAACCGUUCGCUCUCUAAUUCUGGUGGUAUGAUGCGCGGCAACCCCGGCAACAACAGCCUAUCUCGUGGCACAAGUGGCGGUCCACGUAUGGGCGGUGGCUUCAAUCGCAACGACAGCCGAGGUCCACCUGGAAGUGGAUCACAGCAGUCACGCGGUAACGGAAACUCAGGUUCCAAUGCUGGAGGUGGCGGUGGCCAAAGUUACAACCGACGCUAACCGUUUAUAUUCAUUUACACACAUUAAUCUUUAUAAGAUCGAUUAACCCUUAAACAAACAAAAAAACAACAAACAAACAAUUAAAAUUAAUACUUUUAUUUAAACAAAACGAAAAAAAUGAUAGCUUGGUCUUUAUUAUCCAAAAUAUUUCUUUUUUCAAGAAGAGGAAACAAUGAAAUUGCGGUCAACAAUUUUUGUUUUAUUAUUUUCUAUUUUUAAUAUAAAUAAUGCUAUUGUUUUGUUUUCUUUUCUUUUGUAUUUUUAAUUUAUCAAAAAAAUGUAAAAAAAAAUAAUAAUUAUUAAAAAAAAAAAUAAAAAAAAGAGAAAAAACACUGAAAACGCAAUAAAAAAAGCAAAAUAAAGACUUAAACUUUAUUGUUCGUACGUUUAUAUUACAUAAAUAAAAUAAAAAUAUAUAUAAAAGAUUUAAAAAAAUACAAAAAUAGAUGAAACAUACAAAAAAUGUAAAAAAAUAAAUAUUUAAAAAAAAAAAUAGAAAAAAAAUACAAAUAAAUAAAUAAUAAAAAAUUACAACUAUAUUAAAUAAAUAAAAUAAAGUUCUCUCUUUUUCAAAAUAAUAAAAAACAAUACAAAAACAGGAAAAAAAAAGAAAAGCAAGCAAAACAAAUUCUUCUUAAAAACAAAACGUAACUUUGCGCGAUAGUUUGUAACUAUGUCUGAAGGAAAUGAAUAUUAAGUUAUUAUUUAUGUAAUUAUAAAUUUAGAAUAUUUCUUUUUUGUUUUGUUUUUUAAAUUAAAAAAAAAAACUAAAAUUACGCAAUAAAAUGGGAAAUAAAAAAGAAUUACCUAAACAAAAUUAAAGAAAAAAUACCGAGAAACAAGAAACAAACAGGACAACAAAAUUUUUAAAAGAAAAUUAUAACAAUAAUAACGGAUGAGUGUGUGUGUAAGAAAAUAAAUUGAGUAAAUAAUAAUUUAGAAAAUCAUUUAAAUUAAGAUAAAACAAACAAAAAAAAACUACAUAUAACUUAAAUAUUAACUAAACAUAAAACAAAAACAAAAGAAAGCUACAAGCAAUUACAAAUUCUUCGACAGAGACAGAGACAAGACAAACAUAAAUUAAUUAACAUUAUAAACAAAUUGUAAAAUAGGCUAUAGAAAUAUAAUCUAUUUUAUUUAAUUUCUUUUUUAUACAAACAUAAACUAUUUAAAAACAACAAAA